AUGGAGCCAGAUCGCUCACCCAAGCGGCGGCGAAUCCUCUCGUCUUUCAACCCGCCCGAGCCCCUCGAUGAUGCGAGGUCUUCCGACAUGUCUGCCGAGCCUGCACCCCGACGCAACGAGAGCCUCCGAGAGGUCCCGGCACCGUCAGACCACGAGACAGCCGCGCCCAGGCCGACCAAACUUCGCUUCAAAUCCAAGUCGUCCAAGUCAUCGCGGACGAGAGACGGCAGAGAGAGAGUUGGCGACCACCAUCACCACCCGUUCCAAGACCCACCGCUGUCGCCCAACACGGCCUUCCGCGAGUCCCUGUUCGACGCCCUCGCCGACGACGAGGGCGCCGCCUACUGGGAGUCCGUCUACGGCCAGCCGAUCCACAUCUACGGGCACCCCGACGGCGGUCCGCUGGAGCGCAUGACCGACGACGAAUACGCGGCGUACGUGCGGCAGAAGAUGUGGGAGCGCACGCACGCGGGGCUGCUGGAGGCGCGGGCGGCACGGCGGGCGCAGGAGCAGGCUCAGGAGGAGGAACGGCGGCGGCAACACGAGGAGGCCGAGCGGAUCGCGCGCGAGAUGGAGCGCUCGCUCCGGCGCGGGAUGGAGAGGCGCCGGCGCAAAGUCUGGCGGCGCCGCUGGGAGGCGUACCUCGCGCGCUGGCGCGCCUGGGAGGAGGCCGGGCACCAGGGCGGGGUUGAGGCUAUUCCGUGGCCCUGGGCUGGGGAUGACGAUGAGGAGGAUGAUGCUGAAGAGGUGAGAGCCUUUUUUGUGCAGGGGAUCGGGCUGGAGGAGGUCGGCGAGAAAGAGUUUGCGGCGAGGCUCAAGGAGGAGAGGGUGCGAUGGCAUCCGGACAAGAUGCAGCAGCGACUGGGCGGCAAGGUGGACGACAGGGUCAUGCGGGACGUGACGGCGGUUUUCCAGGCCGUGGACGCUCUGUGGAAUGAUACCCGGAAGAACGGCGGAUAG